UUACCGUAGCAACAACAUUUAAAAUAUACAAAGUCCAAGUACUUUCGCAAUUUGGAAAAGUGACAUGUUUUACCAACAAGCUCAUAUCAGCCAUUGGUUAUUGAUUGUUAUCAUAAUCGCACUGUUUAAUUUUGCAGCGUCUGCUGAGAAGCCGUUAUUUGCACCAAGAGUUCGUCUGUCCGAUGGAAAUUCGAUUCCUGUAUUGGGUCUCGGCACUAGCUGGGCAAAACAGCCAGAAGGUGAACAGGCGAUAAAAGAUGCAAUUGACAUUGGAUAUCGUCACAUUGAUACUGCGUAUGUGUAUGGGAAUGAAAAGGAAGUUGGAAAUGCAAUCCGAACAAAAAUCGCUGAAGGUGUAAUUAAACGUGAAGAUAUUUUUGUCACAACAAAGUUGUGGAACACGUUUCACGAACCGGAUAGUGUUGCAAAAGCAUUUCAAAAAUCUUUGGAUAAUUUGAAUAUUACCUAUGUUGAUUUAUAUCUUAUGCAUAGUCCAGUUUCCUAUCAGCGAAUUAGCCAAGCAACCAAUAUGACAACUCAAGACUUUGAUAACAUUAUUUUAUUUCCACAAGAUGCAAAUGGUAAAUCGUUGUGUACAGAUAUUGAUUACUUGGGCACUUGGAAAGCGAUGGAAGAGCUUGUUAAAACGGGCAAAGUACGUAGUUUAGGCGUUUCGAAUUUCAACAGUCAGCAAUUGGAUCGUGUUAUUACGGCGGCUAAAAUUAAACCAGUAGUAAAUGAAAUUGAGUGUCAUCCGAAUUUUAAUCAGAAAAAAUUCAUCGCAUUUGCAAAAGCUAGAAACGUUACGAUCAUUGGUUAUUCUCCGUUAGGUAGACCAUAUGCCAAUGGAGAUCGACCAAUUGCAUUGAAAAAUGCACAAGUUCAGGCAUUGGCUGCUAAGUAUAAGAAAAAUCCAGGACAAAUUUUACUGCGGUAUUCAUAUCAGAAUGGUGUCGUUGUCAUCCCAAAAUCAACGAAUAAAGAACGAAUUCGGGGAAAUAUUGAUAUUUUCGAUUUUAACUUGAACGAUGAAGACAUGGAAUUUAUGGACAGUCUCAAUGGUAAUUCACGUUUUACAACUAUAUUGGACCGAGACGGAGACAACAAAUACUAUCCGUUUAACAUUGAAUUUUAAAGAAAAAUCACAAACACAAUCCAAUGAGAAAAUUGAGUGUAUUUCGCAACUUUUUAAAAAAUCAGCGGGUUUGAAGCUUAUUUCACAAUAAUACGCAAAUUGACAAUAAACUCUGCUGAAAACUUUCUACACAAAUUUGGUGUUCAA